AUGAUCCUUCGGAAGAAAGACAGUAUAGAGGAGUUUGAUGUGGAGGCAUUUAUAAGGAAUUGUAAUUCAUUUGCCCCAAAGCGAUACACUUAUACACAGAUCAAGAAAAUGACAAACUCACUAGCAAACGUAAUAGGAAAAGGAGGAUAUGGUUGUGUAUACAAAGGAAUACUACCUGAUGGUCGCCUUGUUGCAAUGAAAGUCUUUAAACAAUCCAAAAGCAAUGGGGAAGAUUUUAUUAAUGAAGUUGCUAGUAUGGGUAGAACUUCUCAUGUUAAUAUAGUUACUCUUAUUGGAUUCUGUUAUGAAAUGAAUGAGAGAGCCUUGAUUUACGAUUUCAUGCCUAAUGGUUCACUUGAUAAAUUCAUAUUUGAUCAAGAAAAUGGGAGCACAACCCGGUGCCUAGAAUGGAAAAAAUUGUUCGAAAUUGCUCUUGGCAUUGCACGAGGACUGGAAUACUUGCAUCGUGGUUGUAACACAAGGAUUCUGCAUUUUGAUAUAAAGCCUCAAAACAUUCUUUUGGAUAAAGAUUUUUGUCCAAAAAUAUCAGAUUUUGGCCUAGCCAAACUAUGGCUGAAUAAGGAUAGUGUUGUGUCCCUGAGAAGUGCUAGAGGAACAGCAGGGUAUAUAGCUCCUGAAGUAUUUAAUAAAUAUUUUGGUGGGGUAUCUCAUAAAUCUGAUGUUUAUAGUUAUGGGAUGUUGGUUCUUGAAAUGGUUAGAGGAAGAAAGAAUAUCGAUCCUAUAGUUUCUCAUACUAGUGAAAUUUACUUUCCAUAUUACAUAUAUAAAGACAUUGAGAUGGGUAAAGACUUAAGAAUUUUGGGAGUUACAACAGAGGAAGAAAAAGAACUAGCAAGGAAAAUGGUAUUAGUGAGUUUUUGGUGCAUUCAGACAAAUCCAUCAGAUCGACCACCAAUGGGUAAGAUUGUAGAUAUGCUGGAAGGAAACCUUCAACAAGUCCAGAUUCCACCAAAGCCAUUCUUGUUUUCUCCUAAAAGGUCUCCUCAACAAUCCACAGAAUCAUCAUAA